AUGGAUGAUGGUAUUCAGCUCGCUUCUUAUCUUCUAGAGUCGUUGCAGUGGUCAAAGCUAUUGCGUUUGCUAUCAUCCCAGGCAGUCUGGUUCAUUGCGAUAGAUUUUGUCAAUGGGAAGCCUGGCUUGAGCCGCCAGCCGCGGCUAAAUUGGCCGAGCCGAGCCCUUGAAUAUAUGGAUGAAACACUGGUUCGGAUGAUGAAUAAUUCCAGGAUUCACGGUCUGGAGCAACGGCUUGACUCUGAUUCUCAAAUAAUUAUUAGCGCCAUCAAUACCCAUUCUCCUCACCCGCCCCGCAUAUUAAUAAGCGGUAUGUAUUGGCACCAUGUUUGCAAAGACAAUUCAAAGGGCAAUCAAGGUCGUUGGUAUGCGGUAUGCCGACGUAAACGCUCCUCAGACAACCAAUCAUGCCAGUACUUCCGCUGGGGCUCACCCAGAUCGUCCCCCACACAAUCACCAGUCCUUCCUCACAGUACUGCUAUGCCAACCCAGCCUAUGCCAACCCAGCCUGGACCACCACCACCACCGCCAGUUGGUGACGCGUCCUCUCAACCACGCCUGUGCACUGUACCUGGAUAUUGCGAAAACUUGUGUUGUCGCAAGCAUUGUGUUGCCUUUGGUGGGUGUUCUUCGAAGACCCACAAGCCCACCCCUGCCGAAAGUCAGCGAAACAUGGCAAUUGACCCUGUCCUUCGAGUGCCACCAUCCCAGCCUGCCAAGGCUGGCCCUUCAGCAGUACACUCGGCCCCUGCUCCUAGCCCCACGAUCUCACUCAACGUGCAGGCGCAUACUUCUUCCGCUGUCGCCCACACCCCUUCACAGCUGCCUACUUCUUCUGGUGCCACCUAUACCCCUUCACAGGUGCCUACUCCCGCCAUUGCCCACGCUUCUUCAGAGGGACGUUCAUACCCCUCAAACAAGGGUAAAGAUCGGGCACUGCCUCCAUCAGAGGUUGACAUACAUGCCAACCCUCGUUACCCAUCGCAACUCCCACCUGUUUUCACUCAGCGCUAUGCUGAACAAGAACAGCAGUUGAAGGCAAUGGUGCACCAAGCUGCCGAGCAGCGUAAUCUCGAGCAUCGCAUGAAGAAUACUGUGGAAGUCUAUGGAUGGUCAAAGGACGGUGCAGAGGUGACCAUGUGCGAAUUUCAAGAAGGCAUCACCCUGCCGCAAUUCAAGGUGACUGCACAAGUACUUCGCGCGCUUGGGCUGUGCUCUGGAGACGACGCAGAGGCUCAAGUCCAAUACUUCAAUGCGUCGAGGAGCCGAUGGUCGACAGUCCAGCAAGGGCACACGCUCAUGCUCGACAGCCGUCAAGUGUACAUGCGGACCAUAGGUGUUACAAUCACUCCCGAGUUCGACAACAUCUUCGAAAGCAACUCUCUUCAUGUUGUUCCCAAUAUUCGCACCAAUCUCAAAGCUGAGCGCGCUGCCGUUCGUCUGUCCAACACACGCACACAGCUUAGGGCUGCUAGCAUCGCAGCCUCUGAUUCAGAGGAUCCAGAAGAUAUGCGGAAGCAUAAGCAUUCAGGUCACUCACUGCGAGGCAAUGCUCGCCGUGUGCGCACAAACACUGCUGGCUCCUCAGCUGUUCGUCCAUACUCGCCUGCAUUGAUCAUCAAACAUGAGCGCACGCUUCUGACACCACGUCAGUCAUUCUCAAUACCAAACUCGCCUCCACUGGCAAUAAAACAUGAACACGCUGUGGACGCUAAUUUGCAGGAUGUGAUUGAGCUAUUUUCCAAUUCUGGCUCCGAGGUCGACGUCAACAUCACUCCCCGUCAACAUGUGCCACAUCCAAGUCGACAUCGUUCACUGUCGUCGGACAGUAGCCACAGUGCAUCAUCGGACAGCGGCAGCCUGAGCGACCCCUCUACUGUAUCUGAGUGUUCAUCACUGUCUUCAGGUCACUCUCCUGAGGAUGCUGUUGAUGUUGAUGCCUUUGACAAUGUCAGGCGCUGGCCUACCAGCUUCUAUGCGUGUGAAAUCGCAGAUGGCUUCAAGAAAUACGACAAAUCCCGCAGAGUCGGACUGUGUUCUCACGCUGCAUUCUCACUGGCAUUCGGAGGGGGUGUACACUUCCGUCCCUCGACCUUCUCAGAGCAUCGGAAACAAUGGGACCAAGCACCGGCAUCUUCAAGAACCAUGUUUAUACGAGCAGGCAAGAGUGAUGCAGGCUCAUAUUCAGCAUUCAUGAAGGCAAAUCCAUUGCCUGGCGCAGAUGUGAAGGCCGCCAAGAAGCGCCUUGGAAGACUGCGAGGGUGA